AUGUUAACAGUUGGAUUGGAUAUGUCAAAGAAGAGGAAAAUAUCCCCAGUUGCAGUGGUAGCGGACACUAUCAUGAAUUACAAACCUGACAAUUCAACUGUAAUAAAAACUGAGAUUAAAACUGAGCAGGAGGAGUUAGAAGGUAAAUCUCAUGGUUUUCUUUGUCCGAAAUGUGAAGCCCAUUUUCUGUACGAGGAGUACUUUUGUAAUCAUGUCAGAGAACAUCAUGAAGAUAUAAGCAGUGUAAGUAAUUUGGAUUCUGAGGUGCUGGAAAUUUCCACAAAAUUGGCAGGAAAGUUGAUAAAUCCAAUAUCAGGAGAGAAAUCUCUCAAGUGCAAUGAUUGCUCCUUAUCUUUCUCUUACAAAUCUAGUCUCAGAAGACACCAGCGUAUCCAUACUGGAGAGAAACCUUUCAACUGUAAUGAAUGCUCCUUAUCUUUCUCUCGGAAAUCUCACCUCACAACACAUCAGCGUAUUCACACUGGAGAGAAACCGUUCAAGUGUAAUGAAUGCUCCUUAUCUUUCUCUCGAAAAUCUAAUCUCACAACACAUCAGCGUAUCCACACUGGAGAGAAACCUUUCAAGUGUAAUGAAUGCUCCUCAUCUUUCUCUCACAAAUCUACUCUCAGAAGACACCAACGUAUUCACACUGGAGAGAAACCUUUCAAGUGUAAUGAAUGCUCCUUAUCUUUCUCUCGAAAAUCUAAUCUCACAACACAUCAGCGUAUCCACACUGGAGAGAAACCUUUCAAGUGUAAUGAAUGCUCCUCAUCUUUCUCUGAUAAAUCUGCUCUCACAAAACAUCAGCGUAUCCACACUGGAGAGAAACCUUUCAAGUGUAAAGAGAAAUCUCUCAAGUGCAAUGAUUGCUCCUUAUCUUUCUCUUACAAAUCUAGUCUGAUCAAUCAUCAGCGUAUUCACACUGGAGAGAAACCUUUCAAGUGUAAUGAAUGCUCCUUAUCUUUCUCUAAUAAAUCUAAUCUCAGAAAACACCAGCGUAUCCACACUGGAGAGAAACCUUUCAAGUGUAAUGAAUGUUCCUCAUCUUUCUCUCAGAAAUCUAAUCUCAGACGACACAAGCGUAUCCACACUGGAGAGGAACCGUUCACGUGUAAUGAAUGCUCCUCAUCUUUCUCUCAGAAAUCUUAUCUCAGACAACACCAGCUUAUCCACACUGGAGAGAAACCUUAUAAGUGUAGUGAAUGCUUCUCAUCUUUCUCUGAUAAAUCUAAUCUCAGAACACAUCAGCUUAUUCACACAGGAGAGAAACCUUUCAAGUGUAAUGAAUGCUCCUUAUCUUUCUGUGAUAAAUCUGCUCUCAGACGACACCAGCUUAUUCACACUGGAGAGGAACCGUUCAAGUGUAAUGAAUGUUCCUUAUCUUUCUCUCAGAAAUCCAAUCUCAGAAAACACCAGCGUAUCCACACUGGAGAGAAACCUUUUAAGUGUAAUGAAUGCUCCUCAUCUUUCUCUCAGAAAUCUAAUCUCAGACAACACCAGCGUAUCCACACUGGAGAGAAACCUUAUAAGUGUAGCGAAUGCUCCUCUUCUUUCUCUCAAAAAGCUCAUCUCAGAACACAUCAGCUUAUUCACACAGGAGAGAAACCUUUCAAGUGUAGUGAAUGCUCCUUAUCUUUCUCUCAGAAAUGCUUUACAAAGAAAUGUAGUCUCAGAGCACAUCAGCGUAUUCACACAGGAGAGAAACCGUUCAAGUGUAAUGAAUGCUCCUUGUCUUUUUCUCAGAAAUCUAAUCUCAGAACACACCAGUUUAUCCACUCAGGAGAUAAACCUUUUAAGUGUAAUGAAUGCUCCUCAUCUUUCUCUUAUAAAUCUAAACUCAGAGCACACCAGCGUAUUCACACAGGAGAGAAACCGUUCAAGUGUAAUGAAUGCUCCUCAUCUUUCUCUUAUAAAUCUAAUCUCAUAGCACACCAGCGUAUUCACACUGGAGAGAAACCGUUCAAGUGUAAUGAAUGCUCCACAUCUUUCUCUUAUAAAUCUAAUCUCAUAGCACACCAGCGUAUUCACACAGGAGAUAAACCUUUCAAGUGUAAUGAAUGCUCCUCAUCUUUCUCUCAGAAAUCUAAUCUCAUAGCACACCAGCGUAUUCACACAAGAGAGAAACCGUUCAAUUGUAAUGAAUGCUCCUUGACUUUCUCUCAGAAAUCUAAUCUCACAGCACACCAGCGUAUUCACACAGGAGAUAAACCUUUCAAGUGUAAUGAAUGCUCCUCAUCUUUCUCUCGGAAAUCUCACCUCACAACACAUCAGCGUAUUCACACAAGAGAGAAACCGUUCAAUUGUAAUGAAUGCUCCUUGACUUUCUCUCAGAAAUCUAAUCUCAUAGCACACCAGCGUAUUCACACAGGAGAUAAACCUUUCAAGUGUAGUGAAUGCUCUUCAUCUUUCUCUCAGAAAUCUAAUCUCAGAAGACACCAGCGUGUACACACUGGAGGGAAAUCCUUCAAGUGUAAUGAAUGCCCUUCAUCUUUCUCUCAGAAAUCUAAUCUCAGAGCACACCAGCGUAUUCAUACAGGAGAGAUACAGUUCAAGUGUAGUGAAUGCUCCUUGUCUUUUUCUCAGAGUUCAAAACUAAAAACACAUCAGUGUAUCUACACAGCGUAUGAAUGA